CAUAGCAACGAAAAUCCCCAAUCGUGUCCACAUAUCGGCGGCGCUGACCAUCACCUGCGCCGGGCGGGCGGCGCUGCGGCCGACCAUCACCUGCGCCGGGCGGGCAGCGGGCGGCGCCGCGGCCGCCCAUCACCUGCGUCGGGCGGGCAGCGGGCGGCGCCGCGGCCAACCAUCACCUGCGCCGCGCGGGGAGAGUGCGGCGCCGUGGCCGUCCAUCACCUGCACCGAUCAGGCGGCGGGCAGCGGCCGGCGGCAGAGGGCAUCAUCUGCGGGGUACAGAGCGGGAAACGGACGGCGUCAUCUGCUGUUCUAAGUUCUGCAGUGAAAGAUGGACAGAAGUUGGAUAAAAGCUAGGAAAUUUUCCGAAGAAUACAUCAAUGGAGUGAAAGAGUUCAUGAAUUUCGUUCGUGAAACCUAUUGCCGAGGAUGCUCAAAUUCCCCGUGCCGCAAAUGUCUCAAUCGUAAACACGAACCUCAAGGGAAAGUGGAGGAUCAUAUUCUUAUUUAUGGGAUGUCUAGCACAUAUGAUAGGUGGAUUCAUCAUGGAGAACCAUUAAAUGUUGAAGCUGAUGGAGAUGCACAACAUGUGGAUGGAGCUAUUGAUAUUGUGGUAGAUGUUGCUGAAAAGGAUGUUCGUUUGGAGGAGGAGGAUCUAUAUGAAGAUGAUAGAAUUCAUGACAUGAUACAGGAUCUGUAUGGAUCGGAGGACACGGGUAGACAGCAGUCAAAGUUUGCAAAAGUGAUAGAAGAGGCAAAGUGCUCACUUUACGAAGGGUCUGAAACUUCAAGAUUUUCAUUUGUCGUGAAGUUACUCCACAUCAAGUCUUUCUGUCGGAUCUCCAAUGUUGCAUUUAAUGCAAUACUCGCGUUGUUGGCCAAGUCAUUCCCGAAGUGCUCUAUUCCCAAAUCUUAUGAUGAAGCACUGAAAUUUAUUCGUGCAUUGGGGCUAGGCUAUGAUUCAAUCCAUGUGUGCCCAAAUAAUUAUGUCCUUUUCAGAAAACAAUAUGCCAACCAUGACGAAUGUCCGGUAUGUGGUGCAUCGAGAUGGAAGGACUCAGAUGGGAAAAAACAGAUUCCGAUGAAAGUAUUGAGACAUUUCCCAUUGAUCCCGAGGUUGCAGCGGAUGUAUUGUUCGAAGAAGUCAUCAGAAGAGGUACAAUGGCACAAGCUGAAAAAGAAACCCGUGGAAAAUGAAAUAAGUCAUCCAGUUGACGGUGAAGCAUGGAAAGACUUUGAUAAAAAACAUAGAGAUUUUGCUGAAGAUGCACGGAACCAGAGAAUUGGCAUUGGUACAGAUGGGUUUAAUCCGUUUGGAAAAAUGAGUGCUUCCUACAGCAUGUGGCCUGUAUUUGUGAUGCCUUAUAACCUGCCACCAUGGGCAUGUAUGGAUCAGUGCAACCUCAUGAUAGCCUUACUUAUACCCGGUCGAAAUUCUCCAGGGAAGGAUUUUGAUUUGUUCUUGGAGCCUCUCGUCGAAGAGUUGCUUGAGCUUUGGAAGGGUGUAAGUACCUAUGAUGCCUUAAGUGAAAAAAAAUUUAAUCUACGUGCAGUAGUCCUAUGGUGCAUCCAUGAUUAUCCAGGAUUGAGCACUCUGUCAGGAAGAGUCACGAGUGGCUACUAUGCGUGUCUGCAUUGUGACAAAGAUCCCUGCUCACAGGGGAUAAGGAACAAGAUAUGUUAUAUUGGACUGGAAGAACUCGAAUUUCUAAUUACUCUAGGCAGCUACGCUCAUCCUCGAGCUGGAUGGAAGGAAAACGAGCAAUGAACUCGUCCAGCGGCUCCUAGGUUGCGUCAUCUUCAGAAGUACCCACCCAGUGAACUAAGACCUGCUUGAUACCACGGUGGAGGUGGCCAUGAAGAACUUUGGCGGGGGCAGGUACGACACGACCAUCUUCAAUCUGAGGCAAUCCAGGAGUAGUUGCGGGAGGAUCCCCGUGGAACUUCUUGAGCAGACUGACAUGAAACACGUCAUGUAAACGUGUACCAACAGGAAGGGCAAGUUUGUAUGCCACUGAGCCAAUGCGCUCAAGUACCUGAAAUGGCCCAUAGAAAUGAGGUGCCAACUUACCCCGCUUGUGCCCUGGUAGAGAUGCUGCUGGCCGAUGCUGAAGUCGAAGCCAUGUCCACUCGCCAAUGUCAAAGGAGAGAUCGCGAUGCCUACUGUCAUAGUAGUGCUUGGACCGUUGUUGGGCCUGAAGUAGCCGCUCGCACACAUCACGGAGGAAAGAAUCACGGUCCUGAAGGGUUGUGUCAACCGCUGCCACCUUGGACGUGCCUGGGCUGUAGUCACGCAGACAAGGGGGAGAACGCCCAUAAACUACUUCAAAAGGCGUAGCCUGGAGGGAGGAGUGGUAUGAUGUAUUAUAGCAGUAUUCUGCCCAAGAAAGCCACUCCAGCCAACGACGCGGCCGAUCUCCUGUUAAGCAACGGAGAUACAUAGCAAUGACCUUGUUGACCACCUCAGUUUGUCCGCCAGACUGCGGAUGGAAAGCUGAACUCAUGUGUAGUUGAACACCUGACAAUUUGAACAAUUCCCGCCAAAAACCGCUGGUGAAAACAGGAUCCCGAUCGCUGACAAUUGACUGCGGAAGACCGUGAAGGCGGACGAUCCCCUCAAAGAAUGCACGUGCCACUGAACUGGCGGUAUAGGGAUGUGUUAGCGGAAUGAAGUGUGCAUAUUUGGAAAAGCGAUCGACAAUAGAGAGAAUCAUAGACUUGCCAUGUACACACGGCAGGGCCUCCACAAAAUCCAUGGAAAUAUCAGCCCACACAGUGGAGGGAACCGUCAAGGACUGAAGAAGGCCAUCAGGGUGAAGGGUCUCCGUCUUGUUGCGUUGGCAAAUGGAACAAGUACGCACCAGAUCAGCAAUGAGGCGACGAUCACCCGACACAUGGAAGUCGGCACGGAGGCGCUGGAGUGUCUUCUGCACACCCUCAUGAGCCGCGUGGGCGUAUUUGAGGAUUGCAACCAAUAUCGGGGAUGUCUCUAGAACAUGAACGCGACGACCAUGGAGAAUCAAGUCAUCGACACAACUCCAUGGGGCAGCUAGCUCGCCUGCUAAUAUACUUUCACGCAUGGCUGAGAGCUCGGGGGAGGCGCUGAUCUCCUGCCUUAUAUCAUCAAAGAUGGAAAACAGAGGCAGCGACAACGCAAAAAUCAUUGGAGAAGCAUCGGCGUCACGACGGGACAAGGCGUCGGCGACGAUAUUCAGGCGACCCGGCCGGUAUUCGACAAUGAAGUCAAAUCCGAACAGCUUGCUAACCCAUUGGUGCUGCGGGAUCGUCGAGAGUCGUUGGUCGAGGAGAAACUUCAAGCUGUAGUGGUCAGUGCGAACGGUGAAAGCACGACCCCAUAGGUACGGACGCCAAUGGCGGACAGCCUGAACCAGGCCAAUGAGCUCCCUCUCAUAUGCAGCUAGCUUAGCAUGACGAGGAGCGAUGGGACGGCUGAAGAAGGCCUGGGGACCAACGCCUUGAUGAAGGACAACACCGAAUCCUGUACCGGAGGCGUCACAUUCAACGAUGCAGCGAAUGUUAAAGUCGGGCAUAUGCAGCACUGGACCCUUGCCGAGGGCAUGUUUGAGCUCUUGAAAGGCGUGCUCAGCGUCGGUACACCUGCAGAAUCCGUCCUUAGUGUGUAGGCGCGUAAGUGGCGCGACAAUCAGCCCAAAGUCCUUGAUGAAUUUGCGAUAGUAGCCAGCAAGACCGAGAAAACCACGCAAGGCACGAACUGAACGUGGAGUUGGCCAAUCAGCCACUGCACGCACCUUGUCUGCGUCCAUGGCCACCCCAUCAGCAGAGAUCACAUGGCCAGGUAAGCCACACUUUGGGUGCCGAAUGUGCACUUGUUGCGCUUGAGGAAAAAAACAUGUUGCCGCAAGACCUGAAAGACAAGACGAAGAUGGCGUAGGUGCUCCGACCUUGAUGAGCUAUAAAUCAAUAUGUCAUCAAAAAAAACGAGGACAAAGCAGCAAAGGAAUGGACGCAAGACAUCAUUCAUGAGAGUCUGGAAUGUUGCUGGUGCAUUGGUUAAGCCAAAAGGCAUAACUAGAAACUCGUAGUGGCCGUCGUGAGUGCGGAAAGCCGUCUUGGCGACAUCAUCCGGGUGCAUGCGCAUUUGAUGGUAUCCCGAGCGCAGGUCAAGCUUGGUGAAGAACCUAGCACCAUGGAGUUCAUCGAGCAACUCGUCAACCACCGGAAUGGGAAAUUUAUCUUUGACAGUCUGCUCAUUCAGAGCCCGGUAGUCGACACAAAACCGCCAGGAGCCAUCAUGUUUCUUGACCAGAAGCACUGGUGAAGAAAACGCAGAGUCACUGAUGCGAAUAAGGCCCCGCUUGAGCAUAUCGGCACACUGUCGCUCAAGCUCAUCCUUCUGCAACUGCGCAUACCGGUAUGGACGCACGACCACAGGUGUGGCAUCGGGAAGUAGACGAAUGCGGUGAUCACGGGUCCUUGAUGGAGGAAGCGUCAUAGGAGAGGCGAAGAGGUCGGCGAACUCGUCAAGCAUAUCAUCCAUGAGUCCCGAAUCCUGGCUCAAAAGCGUACGCACGGCUGGAGGCUCCGGUGCGUCGAGCCCAGACCACGUGACAUGGGUGCCAUGGAGGUGAAAGGAUAUAGAAAGGUGAUCAAAGUCCCAGAGUAUGUGCCCGAGCUUUCGAAGCCAGCCGACGCCUAGAACAAUGUCAAAGCCACCGAGCGGAAUGGCGAAACAGUCGGUGUGAAAUGUCAAGCCUUCAAUCUGUAGUGGAAUGUCACGACACAGUCCUGAACUGGUGACCUGGUCACCGUUGGCUACCAUCACCCGGAGGCCAGGGCGUGACUCGGCAGUAAGGCUGGCAUGCAGUAGAGCAGUUGAGUCGAUGAAGUUGUGCGUUGAUCCUGUAUCCAACAAGGCCGUGAAUUACUUGUCCCCAAUACGAACAUGCAAUUGCAUAGUAUCCGUUGCUCGAAUGCUCCAGAGUCCUGUAAUGGCGCAAAGAGACACUUGAGGUGAUUCUGAUGUAUCCUCAUUGCAAAGGUCAUCUGGAGCGAAGUCGUCGAGCUCAAUGAAGAAUAGCCUGGCGCACCGGUGGCCUGGGACAUAAGGCUCGUCACAGUUGUAGCAAAGGCCUUUACGACGUCGUUCAGCCAUCUCGGUUGGAGUGAGACGGGGAAGCGCCCGAGUCGGCGGUGGGGCUGGUGGAGCCGGAGUGGCUGAUGCCAGAGACGGGGCAGGGGCAAUACUAGGCACGGAAGGCCUGGUAGCAGGUGCAGGCGCUGCUGCACGAGUCCAAGGAGGUCGAGACCGGGUCGUCGAAGAAGGAGCAAGAUGGCGUUGCUCGUAUGCUUUGGCGAAGGCAAUAGCAGAGUGGAGAUCCACAGGCUGUUGAAGUUCGAUGUCUUGGCGAAGGCCCUCAGGCAAUCCCGCGGUGUACAGGAACCGUUGCUGGCCUGGCGACAAAGGCUCAUUGUUACGACAGAGAAGCGCCAAGAACUUGCUGCUGUAGUUGGCGACCGAGGUGGUGAAUGAUAGCUGGGCUAAUUCACCAAGAGGAUUGGCACGAAGAGAUGGCCCAAACUGGACAUGGCAAGCCUCCUUGAAUUGCUCCCAUGUCGGCAUGCCAUAGUCACGCUCCAACUGCAAGUACCAAAAUUGAGCGUCGCCCAUGAGGUGGUAAGCUGCUGUCCAAACUUUGUCAACCUCGUGCGUGCGCUGACCCUAAAAAAAUUGGUCGCACCGGUUGAGCCAACCGAGUGGAUCGAUGGAGCCAUCAUAUGUGGGAAAAUCCAGUUUGUGGAAGUGAGGAACACCCAAACCCGAGUUAGAGCCGGAGCCAAUAGGAGUAUACGGGAGUGGUUGGAGGGAAAUUAGAGGAGAUGCAUUGUUAUGGGCUGAGUGGAGGGUGGCUGCCGGCCAUGAAAGGGGUUGCUGGUGGUAAUUUGGUGGAGGAACAUGCUGCUGUGGAACAUGGUGCUGUGGUGGCAGCAGCUGGUGGUACGCGGGAAUAUGGUAGGAGGUGGGUUGUGCGGCUGGGAGGUGGGUUGCAGCAGCCUGGGUGGGGGAAGUGGUUGGCUGGGACGUCUGGGAAGGCAGGAUUUGACUCGCGGUGGGCUGGAAGCUGGCAGGGGAGUCGGUGCUGAUCGAGCCUGCAGAUGCGCCAAGUAAGACCCCCGCCAUUGUCAGGCCCUGUGUUGGGGGCAGAGAAGGACGCACCAACAAAUCCCAUGUGUCCGCCCGAGUUGAGAGAAGCGAGCUGCCGCGGAUCUGGCGAAAACGGCGGUGCCACUAACCGGUGUUCGAGCGCCGUGAGACGCUUGUUUACCUCGGCGAGGGCAGUCCUCUCUUCCUGGCGCUGCGUUUGCUCCGCUUGGCGCUGCACCUGAUCCUCCGUUCGCUGGGCCACGAAGGCUUUGAGUGGAUCAGCGAUUUCUUUGAUCUGACCAAUGGCGUCCGCGUCGAUGACAUCGUCCCCAGGCAUUGUAGAUGUAUCUGAUACCAAAUUGGAAGAACUCGAAUUUCUAAUUACUCUAGGCAGCUACGGUAAGAAAAUACUCUGAAUAGACUUGCUUUAUUCAUCGGGAUUAAGUCCCUUCUUAUCAGCGAUCUAACUUGGUCCUCAAGGAAAAACUAAACUGAUUACAAUCUGGACUCUAUCUCUCUUUAUCUAGACAUACUCUGAAAGCUAAUUGUAUUCUGACUCUAACUGAAAGCUACGGGAACAGUCUCCCUGCUAUUCACUCCUCCUAUGGUGGUUCCUUUGCUGUAUUAUUGUGGGCCCUACGGCUAUAAGUCUGGCCCAACAUAACAUGGACAUCGUCGUUUUCUUCCUCGAGCGCAUCGCUGGCGAAGAAGCAAAGCUUUCAAUGGUAAGAGUGAAAACCGUGACAAGCCAGAGGAAUUCAGUACAGAAGAGCUGCUGCUGCAAUAGGAGAAUGUCAAAGAUGUAAGACCAGGAAACCAUCCUCAAAACAAGAAAAGAAAGCGUAAAGAUGCUGGUCAAUGCUGGAAACAGAGGGUUUGUUUGUGGGACCUUCCAUACUGGAUAGAUUUGAAACUGAGGCAUAAUCUUGAUGUAAUGCACAUCGAGAAAAACAUAUGUGACAACCUGCUUGGGACAUUUCUAAACAUUGAUGGUAAGACAAAGGAUACGGCUAAUGCUAGGCUUGAUUUGGAAGACAUGGGCAUAAGACCAGAUUUACACCUCGACCGUGAUGAGGAUGGAAAUCCAGUUGGUUUGCCAGAAGCAUGGUACACAAUGACAAAAGAAUAGAAGCUUGCAUUCUGUGAAUUUAUAAGACAAGUUAGAUUUCCAGAUGGGUAUGCUGCUAACUUAGCAAAAUGUGUUAGUCCCGAUGGAUGCAAGCUUCAAUCACUGAAAACACAUGAUUGCCAUAUCCUCCUCCAAAGACUUAUACCAGUUGGUAUCCGUGGAAUCAUGGAUAAGGAGAUAUAUGAAGCUGUCGCUGAUUUGGGAAAUUUUUUUAGAGAGUUGUGUUGCAAAACUUUGAAGCUAGAUGUUUUAGAAAGACUUAAGGAAGAAAUCCCAGUUAUUCUUUGCAAACUCGAGAAAUUUUUUCCUCCAGCUUUCUUUGAUGUCAUGGUGCAUCUAGCCGUUCAUUUACCGGAUGAGGCAAUUCUUAGAGGCCCGGUGCAGUACGGAUGGAUGUAUCCAAUUGAGAGAAGGCUACUUACUUGUAAGCGUUAUGUGAGGAACAUGGCCAGACCUGAAGGAUCGAUUGCAGAAGAAUAGGCGCCACCAUCUCAAGAAGAAGCAUUUUGACAAUGUACCGGCCAAUCUAGUGAGUGUCAAAUCUCCUGAUAAGAAUGUGACAGAUGCGGAGUGGCAAAGGUUGGUCAAGAUGUGGUCUACCCCAAGGCAAAAGGAAACCUGUCAGUCGAACAAGGAGAACCGUUCCAAAGUUAAGUUCCAUUAGAAAACUGGUUCUCGCCCGUACAUUUCCCAUGUGCAUGCUUUGAAAGAGGCUCGUAAGGGUGAAGAGUUGACUCGGUUUGAUCUAUUCAAGGAGUGCCACAAUGGCAAGAAGACUGGUUUCUCUGAGCCAGUUAAGAAGGCGAUAGUAAGUUUCUAGUAUUCUUUUUCGUGUUGAUGAGGCUUGUUUACCUCAUCCUUGUUACACUUGAUUACAUUAUAUGACUUUGCUUGACGGAUUUGAUAGAGAUGGUUUUUUCAAAGUAGUACCAUAUAUGAUUCAUGUUUUGUUAUAGUUUGUUUGUCCGAGUCCUUUGUUUCAUUGCAUUGCAUAUUCAUUUUGGUACUAGAAAUGCGACAAUAUUCAGGCAAUUUUAGUUCUUGUUGCAGUCCAGCAGGUAUUGCUUGUCGUUGGACAUUGUUAAUUAAGAGAGAGCGUUGUAUGCUCUUUGAUUAUUUGUCUAGUGAUUGCCUGAAGCAUCUAUCUUCCCAUCUUUUGGAGUGGAGAAACUCUGUCAUUUCAUAUAUGAUCUGAAUGAAAUGUUUAGGACUUGUGGAAGUGGAUUUCUCUGAUACUGUAUACUGUACUAAAGAAACAACAUAUGUGCUCCUGAAACGUACUACAUUCUUCUCUCCUCCAUGUUCCCAUUUAAGCUAAACAGAGGUGCACAUAGUUGCCUAAUUUAAAUUUCAAUAAUGGUUUGUUGUGUAUGCUUACCUGUUUUAUAAAUAACUUGCAAAAAAAGUGAUUCCCAAGGAUGAUUAAUUCUGCUUGCCUGCUUCAAAGUUUUCAAAUAACUAGUUAAUUAGUAGCAUGGAGACUAGAUUAUUACUUAGUCAACAUUCUUGAGUAGUUUGCUUAUAAAGUUUCCUAGUUAUUUAGAACCAACUACAAUGACAUGUGGGUACAUCUUUCUUUAAAUGUCCGGCUGACAUGGAAAAAGCUAUGGAACAAGGGGUACCAGAAGGUGGAGAACCAAAGAAUGUUGCUGCUUUUGUUGCUGACAUUCUUACUAAAGAAUGUCCCUCCAGCACAUUCCUUCAAAAUGUUGGCUUUGAGUCGAGCUCCAAGAAGAAGGUCAAUAGAUCUGCAGCUGCUUUGGAUGCUCAUGUACAAGAACUAGAGUACAAGCUUGAGAAGGAGAGGCGAGCCGCUGAGUUGAUGCGAGAGGAGCUUGUUGAGGUCAAGAAGAAAUCAGAGGAGACAGAAGCUGCACGUGCCGCAGAGUAUCAGUUGUUACUGCAAAGAGUUGAGGCCACCGAUGCUAGGGUUGCAGCAAGUGAUGCUAGAUUUGCGCGUCUCAUGGAUCUGUUCAAAGGUAAAAUAGUUUAGUACGACGUGGUUGAUGUUGGCGUUGGGACUUUUGAUGUUGAGUUGUUUGGACCUGGGGUUGAUGAGUUUCUUUGACUGGACAUGUGAACCACAAUAUGGACCAGAGAUUGGCUGUGGUUUGAUGAGGUUGUGUUUUGGUUGGUGCAUCUUAUGAACAUGGUGUACUGAUACUAAGCUACUGGCUAUGUUAUUUUGGUUGGUGCAUCUUAUGAACUUGUGGUGUAAUGAUACUGUUGGGCCUAAGUUAAUGAAAUCUUGGAGAAUUGUAUUAUUAUUAUCUUUU